UAAUGCUCCUCUCGCGAGGUGGUACUGAGUACAGUCUCCACUGUUGAACUGGAGUCACGUACGUCGCAGUGCGGGCGUACCACGGCAUGAAAUUCACCUCGUUGAAGCAAGCAUUUCCUACAUUGGACUAACACAGAAACGUGGGAUAGCGUUCUGCCACUCAUGGCUGGAUGCAGAGACGAGAGAGGACAAGUUUUUGACAGGUCUAUACUUAGGCUGUCACUAUCACAGUAACUGACAGCGGGAGUCAGACCAUGUCUGCAUCACUCAGUGCUCGCAUACACAGAGAAUACAAUAUUCGCUUGGCCCCGCGGAGUACGACUCUUCUUGUCGCCUUACAAUGGAGUUCACGCCACAGGGUCUACUAUCGGGACGACUUACAAUCUCGCCUCGUUCUCUGUGUCCCUCACAUAUUGUACAUCGAUUUAUCAUCUAAUUUUUCCUCCCGUCAGGUGCGCGGCCGAUCUUCUAUCUGGGCGUCCCAUUUUGGCCGGACGCAUCCUGCCCGAGUUAUCCCGCAAUUCCUGUUUCCAACUCGAUGGCUCUCCCCUAUCGGCUGCGCCUUGUUGUUGCUUUCGUGUAGCCCCUCACCCCUAGACCACAUGACGGCAUACUAUCCGUGUCCUUCUGCCACGGUCCCAUUAGCGAGUCUCAGCUGUCCACUGUCCACUUCCAGACGUCAAGACACUGCAGGCCACCGACGGGGAACGUGUCCACCCAUGUAACCUUGCAACAUCUUUCGAAUGCCUGCACAAGGUGGUCGGGUCGGAGGACUG